CAUAUGGCUUUCCCAACAUUGACAUCUAUCGCUGCUGGUAGCUUGAAUUCGAAUGAUUUCCGUAGACCCGGUUUGGAACACAUCAGUCCGCCACGUAAUUGACACAGAAACAUCUGCUAUCCGAGCAAUCGCGAUACAUGACUACACCAGGCGCACAGGUCUUCGACAUCGACAUCCCCUUCAUCCUGCUCGGCACCGCGUCCGUCCCGCCCCAGCUAUGCGAUCCGCAUGUGCGCUCCUCGUCGCAGCCAUUGCAGUUGGUCAAGGGCGCAUUGGGGGUUCUGUGUGAGGACGUUGACGUUGGGGUCGCUGGGGAUGGAAGUGAGGGAUGCUGGAUCGUUGGGUUCAAUGACGAUAAGAGGACGGAUGGAGAGGAUGUUUUGACGGAAAGGGAGAAGAAGGCGCUGCGUUUAACGUCGGUGACUGCAUCAAUGAAUGGUAACACAGGGCUCGAUCCAGGGGGUCCGAUAUGGUAUAUCCCGCUCUCACUCUCCCGUCGGGGUAUCCCGCUCACCGACACCAACGAGAGCUCCAGCGCCAGCGGUAGACGAGAACGCGAGAAAGCGCUAGAGGAAGUGCGAAAGCUGUGCAUGGCGUUGAACAAGGUGCGCGCGGAUGGCGAGAUCCCGCUCGAGGAGGAGGAGGAGGUAGGGGCUAUGGAGCGGGACUUUGAAGAUACGCUGGGGAGUCCGACGAGUAAGGCGCGGAGGGCAAGGAGGAAGGCGGAGAUGGAGAGGGAGAGGAAGAAGAAGGAGAGGAUGGUGUAUUGGGGGUUGAGGGUCGUCUGCUCUGAGGGGUGCUUUUUGCGGGUUGAGGUGCGGUGUGGUGCGGGUGGGGAGGGCUGCGGAGGACGAGGAGGAGGACGAGGAGGAGGAAGAGGAGGAGAGGGCGAAUGGAUGGGUUGGGAUGGAGACUGUGUGAAGAGGGUGUUGGUACUUCUCACGGGUGUGGAGAGGGAGAUGACGCUCCUGUCGGACGUGAGCGCCGUUACGAGGUGGAUAUCGCUGAGUCGGUUUCUCCUCUACCGGCGGAUUCGGGCGUUGCGGCACGAGCGGCGGGAUGUGAGACGCGGGAUUCGGAGGCGCGGGGAGGGAAGGAAGGAUUCUGGGGCGGAGUGGGAUGCGCGGCAGGAGCAGAGGGAGUGGGAGAGAAGGGUGCAAGUUGCUGGUAUUAGGGAUGUUGUUAAUGGGUCGAGGGGGCUGUGGGAGGGGUUGGAUGAGGUGUUUGAGGAGGAGGGGGAGGAAGGGGUCGCGGAGGUGGUGAGGGGGAUGGUGGAGUGUGAGGGUUUGGGUGUGACGUGGGAGGUCGAGGAAGAUGAUGGAGAGGGUCGUGAAUUAAGGGGGGGAGAUUCCGUUGAAGAUGACGGUGAGGAUGACGGAGAUGGCGACGAUGAUUUGGAUUUGUACGCUCCGCCCACACCGCGUCCUCCUCGUCCUCGUCCUCCUCCAACCUUCCCGCAGAUAAAAGCACUGAGUCUGCGCUCCCAUCGCGCGAAUAUCGAGGACGCGGACGAUCUGGCGUCGUACAUCGAUUUCAUAACGUCCCUCGUGGCUUUCGCGCUCGCGUGCCCCACGUACGCCGACUUGAGAGAAAAAGCCGCUGGGUUCAGGAGGGUCUCGGAAGAGCGGGGGGAAUCUGCACUGGUGGCUUUGCAGAGGUUAUGCGGAGUUGUGGGCGUCCGCCGGGAAACUGAAGAGUAUUACCGGAAGCUACAUCAGGAAGACGAAAGGGAUGGUCUGAGGGAGAGACCGCAGCACAGAGGCCCAAGGAUGCCAUUUGAUCGGCUGGAAAGGUUGGUGAGGGAGGUGAGGCAGAGGGAUUGGAGGUAUGUGGGGACGUUUGUGGAGAGGUAUGAGGAGGCGGGUGGGUGGAGGGUGGCGGAGAGGAGGAAGGUGUUUGGGUUGAUGGUUGCGGGGGAGCAUGGGAAGGACGAAGAUGGAGGGACAGAGCGGGAAAAGGGAAAAGCGAAGAAAUGAGUGUCGGAU